CCCCCGGAAGUGGCAGCGGCGGCGCUCGCACGUGGGCGGAAGUGGUGGGGCAGUGGUGGCAGCAUGGCGCGGCGUGACUCCCUCUCUGAUUCCGGCUCGGACUCGGAGGACUCCUCUCUUUCGGACUCGGAGCUGCAAGAGGCCUUCUUGAGGGGCGAGCUGAAGCCGGGGCUCAACGUGGUGCUCGAGGAGCGGCCGAAGCGGCGCAACGAUGCGGAAGGCCUGAAGCAGUGCCUGUCCGAAUUCAGGAAGCAUCUGGCUUGGGUGGAAAGGCUGGACGUGACUUUGGGCCAGGUCGUGGACCCCGUUUCACAGAGUGCUUCUAACAAAGACGCUGUUGACCCUGAGAAUGAUUUCCAGAGAGAAAUGAGCUUUUACCGGCAGGCGCAGGCAGCAGUCCUGGAAGCCCUACCAAGGCUGCAUAAGCUCCAGGUUCCUACUAGAAGGCCAGAUGAUUACUUUGCAGAGAUGGCCAAAUCAGACCAACAAAUGCAGAAGAUUCGACAGAAGCUGAAGAGUAAACAGGAAGCAAUGGAAAGGUCUGAGAAAGCGAAACAGCUCCGUGCAAUGAGAAAAUAUGGCAAGAAGGUGCAAACUGAGAUUCUGCAGAGAAGACAAAAGGAGAAAAAGAAUAUGCUGAAUGCAGUUAAAAAAUACCAGAAAGGUUUGUCUGACAAGCUGGAUUUCCUAGACGAAGAGCAGACGUCAUCUCAGGGGAAUAAAAAAGGCAAUGCAAAUCAACGAACAAAGAAAGGACCAAAUGCCAAAAGACGAUACAAGAAUCAGAAGUUUGGUUUUGGUGGGAAGAAGAAAGGCUCCAAGUGGAACACACAGGAGAGUUUUAAUGAUGUAUCCAGCUUCAGUUCAAAAGUGGCUCACAACAAGGGCCCAGGAAAAGGAGGAAAAAGAGGGAAAAAGGCCCUCAACAAGAGACCUGGAAAGAGAGCAAGGCAGAAAAUGAAGAGCCGGGCACGCUAAGAGGACUCUACUCCCAAUGGGGUUUCUGUGUUUCAGUGUGUUGCAAGAUGUGUUUCUGCUCUCAUCAAGCAGCUAACCAUGGAGCAAGCUGGGCGCUUCCAAGCGGCAAGAAGAAAAGUGGAAACUAGUGCCUUAUCACUAAUUUCUUCUUACUGCCUGUUUUGUGGAAGGAUUGUUUUCUACUUAAACCUAUGGUGUGUGAACACAUUAAAUGGUUUGCACAGA